GAUGAGUAGGGCAGACGACAUGAUGAGUCCCCAGUCAUGGGUCUGCCAGCCCGCCUGCUAGCACCGUGCCCACGCUCAGCCCUGCUGCUCCUCAGGGCCAUGUCCUCCUCCACCUUCCUCAUCAACCAACCCAAGUACGCCUUCCUCAAGGAGCUGGGCUUGGCGGAGAGCAACAAGGGCGUCUUCAACGGCAAGUGGUUUGCCAAUGGAGAGGUCGUGACGUCAGUGUGCCCAGCGAAUAAACUUCCCAUUGCACAAGUUCAGCAAGGCACUGUAGAGGACCUAGAUGCUUGCAUUAAAGCAGGACAGGAAGCAUGGCAAGUUUGGGCAGAUAUGCCUGCACCAGCACGAGGAGAAAUAGUGAGGCAGAUUGGAGAGGCACUUCGUGAAAAAUUGGAGCCACUUGGUAAAUUGGUGGCUUUGGAGAUGGGAAAGAUCAAGCCUGAGGGUAUUGGAGAGGUUCAAGAGUAUGUUGACAUCUGUGACUUUGCUGUGGGUUUAUCUCGCAUGGUUGGUGGCUCAGUGUUGCCCUCCGAGCGGCUUGGGCAUGUCCUCAUGGAAAACUGGAAUCCUCUUGGUAUUGUCGGUGUUAUAACUGCUUUCAACUUCCCUGUUGCUGUGUAUGGAUGGAAUAGUGCCGUUGCCAUGGUGUGUGGGGAUACAUUGCUUUGGAAGGGUGCACCAAGCACACCAUUGGUGUCAGUGGCCACAACUAAGAUCGUUGCAUCAGUAUUAGAGAAGAACAAACUCCCUGGAGCAGUGUCCACCUUGUGUUGUGGCGGGGCGGACGUUGGUGAAGGCAUCGCCAGAGAUGAAAGAAUUCCUCUAGUCUCCUUCACUGGUUCUACGAAAGUUGGCAAACAGGUGGCACUGAUGGUACAGGAGCGUUUUGGCCGCCAUUUGCUUGAACUUGGUGGAAACAAUGCUAUUAUUGUGGAUAAGGAUGCUGAUCUUGAGAUGGUUGUGAGAGCAGCAUUAUUUGCAUGUGUUGGUACCGCUGGACAGAGGUGUACCACGACUCGGAGACUUAUUGUACACGAGACGCUGUAUGACAUUGUAGUGGAGCGUCUGAUCAAGGCAUAUGGUAGUUUUAUGUCACGUGUUGGAGACCCGUUAGAUGAUGGUGUGCUGUAUGGACCGAUGCACUCGCAGCAAGGCAUUGAUGGUUAUAUGAAAACCAUUGAGGAAGCACAGGCUCUUGGAGGUAAAAUUAUGUUUGGUGGUAAGGUUCUUGACCGAGAGGGAUACUACGCAGAGCCAACCAUCAUUACUGGUCUGCCACAUAACUCUCCUGUUGUCCAGCGGGAAACAUUUGCCCCAAUUGUAUACAUUCUGAAGUGUACAUCGGUUGAUGAAGGUAUUAAGUGGAACAAUGAAGUGAAGCAGGGGCUCUCCUCUUCGCUUUUCACUCAAAAUCUUGCUAAUGUAUUCAAGUGGCUGGGUCCCAAGGGUUCAGAUUGUGGUAUAAUCAACAUCAACAUCCCUACUAAUGGUGCCGAGAUUGGCGGAGCCUUUGGAGGAGAGAAGCACACUGGUGGAGGCCGGGAGUCUGGCUCGGAUUCUUGGAAGCAGUACAUGCGUCGUUCAACGUGCACCAUUAACUAUACCAAAGAACUUCCGCUUGCUCAAGGCCUCAAGUUUGAGUAACCAGUCAGGAGACUGUCUUAAUAAAUUCCUCCAAAUUAUUAUGACAGGAUUAUGGAUAAACACAAAUUGUAUAAUACUGUUCAUUAUACUGAUAUUAUAAUUAUAAUGUUAUACAUUGUAUGGUAUAGAUAUAAGCUGCUUUGUAAGCAUUAUAUUAUCUGGAUCGUUGGUAGAAUCCUCAUAAAAAAAAAAAAAACAGAAUUUUGCAGAAACAUAUAUUUUGUCCACCUGUAUAUAACUGCAAAUUAUAUAGCUUUUAUAAUUGCAUGCAAAAAUAUUUUGGAAACAGCGAAGCUGAAAUGUAUAAGCGGUUUGAAUGUUCUUGCAAUGUGUCAACUGCACUAAUAAUUCAGAGUAUUUUAUAUGGGAAAAUAUAAUUUUGUUUGUAUUUUGUUUUUGUAAAGUCUUUUUGUACUUGCCAAGAACAAUAAAGAUUUAUUAAAUUUGA